AUGAGCCAGCCUAAGCCAUUCUACGCACCGCUCGUUGGCUGGGAAAAAGAAUGGACAGCUCCUCGUCCAUUAGCUGAUAUUCAGCCUGCAGCAACUCUGGGUAGUCGGCCAGGAAAUAUAUCAAAACCUCAGCCAAACCACUAUAAAGUUUACAAAUGGACUAAAGCACCAAACAAGCCCAAGAUUUCAUUGUCUGAUCCAUCACUAUUGGCAAAUAUUUCUCCAGUCUUAGGAGUGCCUGUUUCAACUCAAGCCAAUGAACUUUCUUUGGUUCAAGCCAGUGUGGAUACUCUGCCUUUACCAAAACAAAUUUCUCCUAUCAAGGCAGAUCCAGUGAUAGUACAAGGUUUAUAUGCAGACUCAGAUAUAGUAAUGAGCGAUGUGCAACCAACAACUACCAAGUCGCCAGUAUUGAAUACUGGCACUCGUGAGAAUAUUCCUGAAGCUCCAAUGCGAUCUGCUUCUCCUACGCGUAGUCAAACUGAUACUCCAACAGAAUUCCCAGCAACAAUCCAUUCAGGUAUUUCCAAAAAAGACUAUUCUGCAUCUCAGUCACCAGUUGCAGGACGUCCUGUUUCUCCUGUAAAACUUGCAUCUUUAGAAAGGAUUGGAUCUCCUACAAGGCAACCUUUGCAAGCUCAAUCUCCCUUGAGCAAACGUAGUCCUGAAUCUUCUCAAAUUAUAUCGGCUGAACAAUCUCCAUCUUCCGUCAAGCCACAUCUUCCAGCAGCUCCAGUUCAAUCAGAAGCACUUGUCAAACCACAUUCAGCGGGAAACAUGUCGCUACCUGUGCAUAUAUCUUUAGAAAAACCUGCCUCUCCUGCCAAAUCCGAUAUUCGUGCAGCAUCUUCAGAUGUACCCCAGACUACGACGUCGCCUUUUUCCAAACCUGCAUUCCCUACUUUUAACGUGUCUACUGAACAGAUGGCUACUCACUCGCAUGUUCAAGCCCCUCACACUUUUUCAUCCAACUCCAAUUCUCCUGUAAAACCUGGUUCUCCUUUCAAACAAGUGUCCCCACAAAAAGAUCAUAUUUCUGGAAUUUCGGCUUCAAAUCAACAAGCCGCAUCACCACGUCAGACAGAACACGAGCCGUCAUCUUUGACAAAACCAACUGGUUCAAACAACCAAGUCCCUUUUUAAACCAUUUAACAGGACACACCAAGUCAGAAAUAAACGUCAAUUUUGAAUUG